GCCGUUUUGGCUAUAUCUUCUUCUGUUGUCUUUGCACACGACCCCAGCCCUUUGCAAGACAUUUGCGUUGCCGAUCUCAAUUCAACUGUAUUGGUGAAUGGGUUUGUUUGCAAGAAUCCGGCGGCCGUCGUAGCCGACGAUUUCCGAUUCCAGGGUUUAAACAUUCCCGGAAACACCUCAAACCAGCUGGGAGUGGCAGUGACCGCCGUGAACGUAAACAACCUCCCCGGAUUGAACACUCUCGGCACCUCACUCGCCCGAAUAGAUUUUGCGCCGAGAGGAGUGAACCCUCCCCACACCCACCCCAGAGCCACCGAAGUCUUUGCUCUCCUGGAAGGCACGGUCGACGUCGGGUACGUCCUCUCCAAUCCGCCGCCGGGAAUGCAGAAUCGCCUUAUCGCGACGAGAUUGAACGCUGGAGAUGUUUUUGUGUUUCCGCAGGGCCUCAUCCACUUCCAAUUCAACGUUGGAGAAACGCCUGCCCUUGCCUUCUCAGGGUUCAAUAGCCAGAAUCCAGGGGUGAUUACUAUCGCCAACGCCGUCUUUGGUUCCGAUCCGGCGAUCGACCCGGAUGUUCUGAUUAGGGCUUUCCGAUUGAGCGGCCGUCAGAUCCAGCGUCUCCAAACUCAAUUCUGGCCCAGCAAUAAUACCUAAUGGAGUAACUAGUAGUCUAAUACGGAGUACUUAUACGGACUUUAUUAUUAUUAAGGAGUAUAAUAAAAAAUAAACAAUAAUUAAUAAGGAAUAAAUCUCACUUUUGGUCAUACGAG